UCCACCCAUUGUGAACAGCUUUGUAAAGAGGUGUUAUACUUCACCUCCGACGCAUGAAUGCUGUCACACGGUCUAGUUUCGGAUAGAAGGAAGGAGCAUUAGGAUAGACUUGGGAUUUAAGCCGGUGUCUGCAUAAGGACUGCUGGUUCAAUUGCCACAGCACGCGGGCUACACCAUUUAUAGUAGCCACAUAAACGGACUUCCUGGACAUCAUUUUUUUUUUUUUUGACAAAUGUAAACUAUUUAAUAAAAACCUUUCUAUACAUGCCAAAACUAGGAAACAUUGUGGGGGAUUCUGAGACAUUGUCGCGAAACUUUGAGGUUUUCGCCACAAUAAUUGGCUAUCGAAUGGACCAGCAUCCGAGCGCCCGGAGCUGCAGCACUCGCGGAGCUGCGCCGUCCUGUGAGAGCGUCACCGGUGAGCCCCCCAUGAAUUUGUACAUCCACUCCACCACCGGCACACGCUUCGAGCUCUCCCUUCCCGUAGAAGAGACUGUGGAAGGGCUAAAAAGAAGACUUUCUCAAAAACUGAAAGUGCCCAAAGAAAGACUCGCUCUGCUGCACAAAGAAACACGCCUGAGUUCAGGAAAACUUAAAGAUUUGGGUAUAACAGAUAGGAGCAAGUUAACACUGGUUCCAACAGUUGAAGCAGGCCUAAUGUCUCAAGCAUCAAGACCUGAGCAGUCAGUAAUGCAGGCACUGGAGAGCUUGACUGAAAAACAGGUCAGUGACUUCCUGUCUGGCCGGUCUCCUUUAACACUGGCUCUGCGAGUAGGCGAUCAUAUGAUGUUUGUCCAACUGCAGUUGGCAGCGCAGCAUGUGGGUGGCCCGCAGUUACAGCAUCGGCAUCUCAUAUCACAUGGGAGUUCAGAGGGCACAACAGGACACUCGCAUGGAGCUUCUAGCUCUGCCUCUGGGUCGGCCAGGGUUUCGCACAACAACCACCAUCACCCACACCCGCACCCUCACCAUCCCAACACAACACUCCCAUCCAACCCAACGGCCUUUCCACCAUCCACUAUUCCCUCAGUUCCUCCUGUAUAUCCCACCUCUGCCUCAGAGCACUGUAGCCCUCCACCACAUCCCUCGCCACUCCCAGGCAGCAUUCUUCACACCAAGCAGCCAUCUUCAGCUUGUCUGACCUCUCCAAGCAAUCUCAGCCCUGCAACUUCCUGUCCAGAGGCUAACUGCCCCGCAAAGACGCCUGGCAACUGUAACACUCCCUCACGGUCCCGCAAACCUGGUGCUAUCAUUGAAAGUUUUGUGAACCAUGCUCCAGGAGUCUUUUCUGGGACAUUUUCAGGCACUUUACAUCCCAAUUGUCAGGACAGCACUGGGCGUCCCCGUCGGGACAUCGGCACCAUCCUUCAAAUUUUAAAUGACCUUCUGAGUGCCACCCGGCACUACCAGGGCAUGCCUCCAUCACUCACUCAGCUCCGUUACCAGACCCAGUGCAGCAGCCCCAGCUCCCCAGCACCCUCACCACCUCCCUCACCACCCAACACCCCGGGUCUAUCUGGCCUGCCCACCACGGUACCCUCUGAGACCCAGCCUACCCUCCACCCACUGGUGCAGUGCCAGAGCCAGAUCCGCAUGUGCAAACCUCCAGGUGAUCGGCUGCGUCAGACGGAGAACCGGGCCACACGCUGCAAGGUGGAACGUCUGCAGCUGCUAAUGCAGCAGAAGCGUCUGCGCAGGAAGGCCCGGCGAGACUCUCGUGCCCCGUACCACUGGCUCCCCAACCGCAAGGCCGGACGCAGCAACAGUAACAGCAGUAUGUCCAGUGAAGGAUCCCUGGACUUGGACUUUGAGGACUCUGUGUGGAAGCCUGACGUCAAGGCUGACAUGAAAUCAGAAUUCAUCAUGGCCUGAAGCAGAAGAGAUUUUGGCAUCUACAUUGAGAUUGGAAAUUGGCAUAUAGGAUCCGGGUUUACAAUUUAGAGCGGAGAAUUUUUGAGGACUCGCCUGAGGCACAUUCAGAAUCUUGUAGGCUUCUCUCCUCAUCUAUUUUGUGACCACAAAGACAUUACACAAAGGAAGUUUCAUUGAAUUUUACCUUACAUCCUUGAUAGACUACGAUCUUGGAACAGACUGAAUUUUCAAAUUGUGAUGUUUGGAUAUGUAUUGAACUGAUGAAUAGACAAUUUGGACUCAAGACAGUCCAAGAAGUAAACAGAAAUGAGCAUAGCAGACGUCAUCGGUGUUGGGAUGUUUUUCUCUUUUCCUUUUUUUUUUUUUUUUUUUUCUCCCCAAGGGGAACGUAGGUGGAAAUCCAUACAGGCCAAGUACAGGCAUGAUGAACAUACAAAUCAAAUACUGAUCCUUUUUUGUUGUUGUUGUUCCAAAUGGGCAUUCAUUUGAAAGGGGUUAUCUUUUGUUUGUCUUCUCUCCUGUUUUUCUUGAUUCAUGAUGAUUUCUGAAACAAAUAUGUAGCAUUACCCACGAAGCAUUCAGGUUUUUAUCUUGUAGAUGAAGAGGGUUCAUUUGCACACACCUGUGGUUUGAAAUAGACAGUAUCAAAACAUAACCAAGAGAUGGCACAGUGCAUGUUUAGUAUAUAUAAAAAUAUAAAAACCUCUCUCAACAACAGCUCAGUGUAGAGUCAGAGGUUUGAAGUAGGAAACUAAAACAUGAAACAAGACAAUAAUAUGCUGAUGUGAAUGAAGAUGUGAUUCAAGGCUUGUAAAGUCAGUUGUUAAGUAUAUAUAAAGAACUAAAUUUUAUACCUCCAGAUAAAAAAAAAAAAAAAGUAAAACUAACGAAACGUAAACAACAGUUUCUCAUCAAGGCUUCAGUCAAGCUGUGAAUUAAAUCUGAUUAAAUAAAAACGGAUAUAAUAAUAUAAAUACACACUGUUCCUCUGUCUAAAUGUGUAUAAUAGAGAAAGUAGUGGGGUGCCAGAGGAAUAGUUUACAAAUGUGCAUUAUAAUGGCUAACUCUGCCAAAGUGGAAUCUCUCCUGUAUGCAUAUGACUAAAACAACCUGCCGUUCAAGUGUUUUAUUCAAUUAACUUCAAGUACCAGCAUAUUUACAUACCAACAAAGACUGACUUUCAUCAUUUACGUUCCGAACCCGCAUUACAUUCGUUCUCCUGUGGAACACAAAAGUCAUAGCCUCAGUCACUAUUCACUUUCAAUGCAUCUUUUUUUCCCUUACAAUGAAAGUCAGUGGUGGCUGAGGUUGUAAGUCCUUAACAGUCUACCUAACAUCUCCAUUUGUGUUCCAUGGAAGAAGAAAAAAUAAGCAAUUCGGGUUUGGAACUCUAUCAGGGUAAGUGAUGAUAAAAGUAAAAUUUUUGAGUGAACUAACCCUUAAACACUUCACAAAUUUCCAAUAAUAAGUUCAUUUAAACAGUCUUUUGCAGAUCCACGCUUUUUGCAUAAAUGUUGGUUUUCUGUAAAUUAGUCAGAACUGACAUUCAACAGGCCUGCGACCAGAGCGUAUCCCCAUCUUUACAUUCUCAAUAGUGCCUCAUACAUAGAUGCACUGAUAUAUUCAAUCAGGCGUUCCACAGACAAACAGUUCUGCUGCUAUAUGGAACUCUUUUUUUUUGCAUGCAAAAGUGUAAAUUAUCCUGAUACUUUUUUUGUAGAAAAUAAUACCAAUACUGAGAAACUGGUGCUGAAAAGAUUAGAUAUACAAGCAUGAAUUUGUGAAAACUGAAAAAAUAGAUAUUUGCCCAGCUGCUCUGGAUUUCUAAUUAAAAACAUGAUGUUACAUAUCAGCCACAAACCAAAACGGGACUAGAAUUCUACUUGGUGUACAUUGGAUCAUUCCUGGACUGUGGCAACAAGCUAUAAGGAACAAUGGAACAUUUUCUACUCCCAACAUACAAGGGGCCCACAGAGCAAAACCCCGCUCCCAUCAACCUGUCCAGAUGCGGACUAACAGGGAUGUUAGCAACCAACUUUCGCCCCUAGAAUGACUAUUUGGAAAUAAACGUGAAACCACACCAUGAUUGCACUCGCUGAGUUUGCAAAGAGAUUACCUACCUGAAGGGAACCUUGUCUUUUUUCCUUUUUUUGUGUUCAAGUGGCCUUAACGUUCAUUCUUGAAACACUUGCAGAGCUGUGGACAACAUAGGGAUGUUUCUGUUGUUUUUGUCCUGUUUUGUUUUUUUUUUUUUUAAUUGGGCAAUUUUUUGUGUUUAGGAGGUGGAGGCUCUAUUAUGUCAAGGCUUCUGUGCCUUAACUUGUUGCCCUUUUGAGUGUGUACAAAAAAAAAAUCUGAACAAAUUAUUUCCAUUUAUGCAGGUUUUCAAAAUGAAUAGUUCACCCAAAAAUGGAAAUUCUGUCAUCAUUUACUCACCUUGAGAGUGAGUAAAUAAUGACAGAAAUAAAAAAAAUUUGGGUGAACUAUCCCUUUAAUGUUAAAGGAGCUCUGGUUCAUGGUAUUGUUUGUUAAAAGUGUUCAGUACUUCUGGAGGUUGGAGAAAAUAGCUUUCAGGUACCAUCAGUGUGUUCCGUUUUGUUUGAAUACGACCCCUUGAACCCUACUGUCCUACAAGCAAGCUGAAAAGCAACAAAUUUAAUUGAAAAAAGGAGGUUUCAACUGCAGUGAUACAGCAACAAAGUGCCCUACUCUCAAUUGAGGCGUCCUUUAAGGACACGUGACAUCAUGCACUUCCCUUCUUCUCAGAUAAACUGUUUCAUUGGACGAUUUCUCCCUUCCCCCUAAAAAAUUAUAAAAUUUUUAUAUAUGUAUGAAAUAUACUCUGUGUGUGCCUCAACUAUAUGUAAAACGGUAAAAAUUAAAAAAAAAUAAAACUGGAAAAAAAAAAAAGCAUAGGAGAUGAUCUGCAUUUUAGGAAGGGGGAAUUGUGGAGGGAGGGAAGGGGGCAUUUUCAAUAGUUUGUUGGAAUUCUGAUCACAUCAUUUAAGUUGCCUGUUAUUUCUUGUAGCCAAUGAAAACUGAUUACAAGAGUCAAAAAAUAAAAAAAUAAAAACAAUUUACAAUGUUCUAGCUAUAGACCGGUGUAGCACAUGUGUGACUGUAUUAAUUUAUGAAACCAAAUGGUAACUGUGAAUUAUGUAUUUCUUUGUGCAUUUUUUUAAAAGUGGGCGGAAGGCGGAAAAGGGCGUUGGUGUGCCCUGUUUUGUUUUUGUGGAAUAUAAUGGAAAUAAUCAAGUAAAAAAAAAAAAGGAAAAUAUCUAAAUAUAUUUUUUUCUUAAGCAAUACAUUUCAGUGUGACUUGUGAUAGGACAUUUUCUUUUUUUAGGUAAUAAAUUGAAAAAAAAAAAAAAAAAUCAGA